UUAAAGCUCUAAGAAACUCAAAAUAGUACACAUUCACAACAAAGUAACUGCUCUGUUUGAGAAAAGGAAGUAAAGCAGAGAGACAUCCUCAUUUUUCAGUUCAUCUUGUAAAUCUUCCUUCCAACUCAAGGUUCAUAUAGAGUUCACUUUUAGAAAAGUUGUAAAAUUCCAAAGAAAAGGGGAGAGUAUUUUAAGAAAGCAAAGUUCCAAACGAUGGCGUAAAAAGCUAGGAGAAGAAGGGUUUAGGGACAAAAGUGGUUGUACUCGUCCCAGAAGUUGGAGAGAUGGGAGUGAUUAAAUUGUUCUAAGUAAAGCAAGGGAAUCAGAAAUAUGGCCAUUGUCUCUACCACCUGCAACACCCAAGACCCACUGUUAGAAGACACCGUCGUCAAUGGCUCAGUUGACUGCAAAGGUUGUCCAGCCCGAAGAUCCACCUCUGGGGGAUGGAGAUCCGCCUCUUUCAUCAUAGCGGUGGAAGUGGCGGAGAGGUUUGCUUGCUUCGGGAUAAGCUCCAACCUCAUAACGUAUUUGACAGGGCCGCUCGGCCAGUCCACCGCCACCGCAGCUGAGAACGUCAACGCGUGGUCCGGCACAGCCACUUUGCUGCCACUUUUAGGGGCAUUUGUCGCCGAUGCUUACCUUGGCCGCUACCGCACUAUCAUAAUUUCUUCACUAAUCUACGCUCUGGGGCUAGGCUUAUUGACUCUAUCAGCUAUGCUAACUUCCCUCAGUAAUUUGGAUUGCCAAAACACCAACAAUAUCACAUCAUGUUCUACUCCACAGCUCCUAGUGUUCUCAUUCAUCUUCUCACUGUAUCUAGUAGCAAUUGGACAGGGUGGGCACAAGCCUUGUGUUCAGGCUUUUGGAGCUGAUCAAUUUGAUGGAAAUGACCCAAAGGAAAGCAUAGCUAGAAGCUCAUUCUUCAAUUGGUGGUAUUUUACCUUAUCCACAGGUGUACUUCUGUCACUUGUGAUCAUUGUGUACAUCCAGGACAACCUUAGUUGGGCUCUUGGAUUCGGAAUUCUCUGCAUAUUAAUGUUGGUCGCCCUAGUGGUUUUCUUGCUUGGAGCAAAGACAUACAGGUAUAGCGUCAAUGUGAACAAGGAAAAUCCCUUCAGAAGAAUUGGUCAGGUGUUUGUUUUUGCUGUUAAGAAUAGACGUAAUGCUCUGUCAGUGACAGUCGCAGAAGAGGAAGUUCUUCAACCCCUACCUCAGCAAUGUUCAGAGCAAUUCAAGUUUCUUAACAAAGCAUUGCUUGCUCAAGAUGGCUCGAGUGAAGAUUGGAAAGGUUGCAGUCUCAACGAAAAUGUUGAAGAAGCCAAGGGUUUGUUAAGGCUAAUUCCAAUAUGGACCACAUGCCUGGUGUAUGCUAUAGUAUUUGCUCAAGCCUCUACUUUCUUCACAAAGCAAGGAGCUACAAUGGACAGAAAACUUGCUCAAGGCUUGACUAUUCCAGCUGCUUCCCUUCAAUUAUUUACCGGUGUCUCUAUCAUUAUCUUCAUACCCCUUUAUGAUCGCGUUUUUGUUCCUAUUACAAGAACCUUAACCCAGAAACCAUCAGGCAUCACAAUGCUUCAGAGAAUUGGUACCGGGAUGUUCUUGUCUGCUUUUUCAAUGGUAAUUGCAGCUUUAGUCGAGAUGAAAAGGCUCAAAACUGCACAGGAAUAUGGACUAGUCGACACACCAGAUGUGACGAUUCCAAUGAGUGUGUGGUGGUUGGUUCCUCAAUACCUCUUGUUUGGUCUUGCUGAUGUGUUGACCAUUGUUGGUCUUCAGGAGUUUUUCUAUGAUCAAGUUCCGAAUGAACUGAAGAGUGUUGGGCUCUCCCUUUAUCUGAGUGUCCUUGGUGUAGGGAGCUUUUUAAGCAGCUUUCUGGUUUCUGUCAUUGACAAAGCAACUGGUGGAGAUGGUGGAGAAAGCUGGUUUGCUAGUAAUCUGAAUCAAGCACAUCUCGACUACUUUUACUGGUUACUUGCUGGGCUAAGCGCAGCAGGAUUGGCCGCCUUCUUGUAUUUCUCCAAGUCUUUUGUUUAUACCAUGGGAAGAAGAUCAAGUUAGAACUUAUUCUCUGUUAGUGUGGGUGAUAAGAAGGAUGAUAGAGCUAUUGCGUCAAUCCUUUUGUAUGACGCCAGUGAUUUUAUCUGCAGCAUCUUUCUCAUAUCACUUGAAAAUUUCGUCGAAGUGAUCA